UUUUUUUUUUUGUCUUCCACUUUUUCCUGUGACAUAUCUCCUCGCACUGCUCUGCUCCAGGCAGCAGGAAAAGGACAGCCAUAAAUCCGCCACCGGCUCACCCAGCUCUCUGCCUUUUCUGCAGCUCUGAGAUGAUGUCCUGGAAGGAGAAGAGUAUGAGACCACCCCCAUGUUUCAUCCAGCGCCUGGACCACCUUGUGUUGACUGUUAAGAGUAUUGAUGACACUGUUGCCUUUUAUUCCAAAGUCCUGGGCAUGGAAGUGGUGACUUUCAAGGGAAAUCGCAAAGCUUUACGUUUUGGCAACCAGAAGUUUAACCUGCAUGAAGUUGGGAAGGAGUUUGAACCGAAAGCUCGAUGUCCGGUCCCUGGCUCUGCAGACAUCUGCCUUAUCACAGACGCACCCCUGGACCAGCUCCUGGGUCAUCUGAAGGCUUGUGGAGUGUUCAUUGAAGAAGGUCCCGUGGCCAGGACUGGUGCUGUGGGACCAAUAACAUCUGUAUACUUCCGAGACCCUGAUGAGAAUCUGAUUGAGGUUUCUAGGUACAUCACAGAUAAGAGUGAAGCCAGUGGAGGGGAACCCUAACCAUGACCCAUGCUCUGCCUGUGUCCCAGCAGGAGGUCUGAUGCAGAGCGGCAGGAGUGAAAGCUGCCUGCAGUUCGGAUCAAACCCCCUGUGAGAAUGAACGACAAGCGUUCCCAUGAGACAUGGAAACUCACCCUUUGCCCUGACCGAGCAAAAGGGGACCUCUGGGAAUGGGGACCCCAGGGAACGGGGACCUCGUUCCGGGGCCGCGGCCGCUCUCCAAGGUGCUGACGGCUGCCAGGAAGCGUGGCUCCGACCGCCCCCAGCUCCACCGGAUGGGGCUUCCCCCUGCCCAGGUUCGUGUUCCAGCCCAGCCCCAUUCUUUUUGGGCCUGGGAUUUUCCUCAUUGCCAGCAGAUGACCUUCCUGGCUCCGUGUUGGAAGUGUUUAUUUCACUGAGCUUGCUACUGUGGAUGUGUUUGUGAAGAAAGGACUCCUUUUCUUGAUUUUAAUUAAGUGUACGUUUUCUUGGAACAGCAGUAGAAGGAAGGGCAAUGGAUCUUUUCUUACUCAGAUGUGAGGAGAACUUAGGAACAUUGGUUGCAUCAUACUAAUUACUGAAUUAUCCUCGAUGUCGAACGAACUGGCCCAUAGUUUCUACAGACCAGUUCCUCUCAGAUUGAAGACUGAUGACAAUUAAUGAUCUCAGCUUCAGCUUAUCCCCUUCUAGCCUCUGCUUGCCUCUUUUGGUUUUCUCUUCUAGUUCAAAAGCCAUUCUAUUGCAUAUGUUUGAAUUAAAACUGAAAGACUACAUGAUGUGCCAUUAGAUUUUUAAGCAAAAAAUGAAUUCACUUCAUUUCUUUAUUUAGAAAGAUUCAGUAUUACUAUGCUAGACAGUACAAGAGGAUUACAUUAUGAGUGGAUUACAUCAGCUGGUCAAAUAUUUGUUCUGGCUAGGAAGUUCUUUGCAGAGUCCACUACUAGCAAGCUAAAAAUGAACCAGCCCACCUUCCUUCUUGCCUGUCUAGUCCCAUCUCAGUCCUCUCAGCAGAAGGCAACCCUGAAUUUCCCAGCAGGUUCUGUACCUACAUCACGAUCGUACUGGAAACAAGUCAUUUGGAUCAGCAGUCACAGUAUUUGUUUGACGUGCAUAGGAAUAUUGCAUAGUUCUCCAUAUUGUUGCCCAGAAAGAACUAAGGGUAAAAAACCUUUCAGUGAAUGGUUACUCAGGAAUACAAGUCACAGAUUUUACCACAGCCAGAAAGGGGUUACCCCUUUAUGUUUUCUCUCCUGUCAGGAGAGAGAAACAGGAAAUUCCCAAUGUGAGUCACAGCAUGCUUGUACUCAAGUGACAUUCCAGAGCUGCCCAUCUCUUCACUGACUUUAGAGAUGACUUCUGGCAAGCUAGCUCUGAUAGGUGCCGGGGUGAUCUGUCCAAACCCAGGAGGGAUGAUGUGCCACAGCCUUGUGAUCACCUUGCAGGAUGUGUAGGAUGUAGAUGUAGGAGUGAUAUAGGAUUCCUCAACACCUGCCUUUCAUUUAGAUAAGGCUUAGAGGCAUUAAGGGUCAUUUAACCAUUCCUUGUAUGUAGAGAAGUGACAACAACUUCCUAAAUGCUGGACAUAUUGGAAGGUUUUGCUGAAAAAAAAAUUCCUUCUCUGCUUGAGAGCUUUGCAGGCAGGGCUUUUUACAGUAAGUCUGAUAGAUUUUUCAUCUGUCCAGUACAACUACCUCAUCAUGAUCCAAAAAGUGCUCAGAGGAGCAUUAAGAAAAGCACACAUUUUGCAGCUGAGUGAUCUCCUCUUCCCAGACUCAGCAGUUAGGCAUUCUAUACAGAAAUAACCU